AAAUUCAGCGGUCGUCACUGAGUCUCACUCCCAUACUGUUGUUGUUAUUUUAUCCCUCUUAUUCGUGUUUCUUUUCCACUUUCUUUUCAUUCAUUCUUUCUUUAUUUUCCUCUCAAAAAAAAAAAAAAAAACCAAUAACUGUGUAUUCAUUGAUUCAUGGGAUUCUUGAAUUUCGAUUCUUCAGAUUCCAUUCUCUCUGCAGAUUCUUAAUCUCUUCCUUCCUUCUGAGUUCGCAAUUCAACCUUGUUCCUUUUUUCUCUCUUCCAUCCACUUUCGCCUCUCACAACUGAAGUUAUCAAUAAGUAUUGAAGGCAUGAUGAUCACAUAGAUGGUCUUUACUCUUGGUGCUGCCUUUUCUGUCAUUGCCAUUUCCUCAGCAUCAUAGCAUUCUUUUUCCUUGAAAAGGUUUGCUAUUUUGAAGAGGAAUAGAAUAAUAUUGCAUGCUAUGGGUUGGUUUACCAAGUUGCUUAAGGGCUCCAACCAUAAAAUUUCCCAAGGACAAUACAAUGCCAAAUAUGGAGAAGAUAGAAUCUGGGAUAAUCAUCCGAGUCCUGUGGAUGAUUUGACAGAUAUUGAGAAAGAAGAAAUUGAAUGUGCGAUUGCACUCUCUCUGUCCGAGGAGGAUCAUAAAGGGAAAAGACCUGUUGUGGAAGAAGACUCUCAAUCUGAAGAAGAUGAACAACUUUGUAAAAUUGAUGAGGAGGAAGAUGAAAAUCUCAGUAAAGUUAAAUCAGAGGAAGAUGAACAUCUUGAUAAAGUUCAAGUAGACGAAGAUGAACUUCUUGCUAAAAUUCAGGAUGAAGAACAUCUUGCUAAAGAUCAACUUGAGGAAGAUGAGCAACUUGCCAGGGCAAUUCAGGAAAGUUUGAGAAUUGAUUCUCCUCCUCGAUAUGGCGGUGAUUCAAUAUUUCCAUUCCCCAACCUCUUUCCACCUGGAUACAGAGUCUGUGCUGGAUGCAAAACUGGGAUUGGCCAAGGAAGAUUUUUAAGCUGCAUGGGAGCUGUCUGGCAUCCCCAAUGCUUUUGCUGCCAUGCUUGCCAUCUGCCAAUCACUGAUUAUGAGUAUUCCAUGUCUAAAGAUCAUCCUUACCAUAAAUCCUGCUAUAGGGAGAAGCAUCACCCAAGAUGUGAUGUUUGCAAGAACUUUAUCCCAACUAAUUCAGCUGGCCUCAUUGAGUAUAGAGCUCAUCCUUUCUGGCUACAAAAAUAUUGCCCGUCACAUGAGCAUGACGGAACUCCUCGUUGCUGUAGCUGUGAAAGAAUGGAGCCAAGGGAUACAAAAUAUCUUUUGCUCAAUGAUGGUCGAAAGCUAUGUCUAGAGUGUCUAGACUCAGUAAUUAUGGAUACUCAUGAAUGCCAACCUCUCUACCUUGAAAUACAAGAGUUUUAUGAAGGUUUAAAUAUGAAAGUGAAGCAGCAGGUUCCUAUGCUUUUGGUUGAGAGGCAAGCACUGAAUGAGGCAAUGGAGGGAGAAAAGAAUGGUCAUCACCACUUACCUGAAACUAGAGGACUCUGCUUGUCGGAAGAGCAAACUGUCACCACCAUUUUAAGGAGACCAAGUAUCGGAGCAGGGUACCAAACUGUAGACAUGAUAACUGAGCCACAUAGAUUGACGCGUCACUGUGAAGUGACAGCUAUUCUUGUUUUGUACGGCCUUCCUAGAUUACUGACAGGAUCAAUCCUAGCUCAUGAGAUGAUGCAUGCAUGGCUCAGGCUUAAAGGUUAUCCCAACCUGAGUCCAGAAGUUGAAGAAGGAAUCUGCCAAGUCUUAGCUCAUAUGUGGUUAGAGUCAGAGCUCUAUUCAGGAUCUGCGAAUGGCGGCGCAUCAUCUUCAUCCUCAGCACCACCAUCCUCCUCUACUGCAUCGUCAAAGAAGGGUAAACGAUCUGAUUUUGAAAAGAAAUUUGGUGAGUUUUUUAAACACCAGAUUGAGUCGGAUACCUCGUCAGCUUAUGGAGAUGGAUUCAGAUUGGGUAACCAGGCAGUGCUCAAGUAUGGGCUCAAAAGGACCCUUGACCAUAUCCUGAUGACAGGAAGUUUUCCAGUCUAAAAAUUUGAAAGAUGGCACAGUUUUUUUCACCUAUACACUGACCACCAUCUCAGCUUGGUCAUAUAAAUUAUACAGUUUAAGGAUUCCAAAGUCUUAGAACACAGACAAAAUAAGGAAUAAAAAUGCACCUCUUGGCGUGCAGUUGCAGUAAUCUUAUGUAAAAUGUGAACUCCUGAUGGUAUAAAUGUAACCAUUAAACACUUCUCAGAAGUUGAGAAAAAAAGCUGAUUAAAUGAAAGUAUUGAACUGAUUUUGUACA